UAUCAAGUGUGGUGUUAAAUUUAGAGCGAGUGUCCAGAAGACAUGGACGUGACCGAGAAGCAGACUUGUGCAAACAACAUGGAGGACAUGGAGGACUCACUCUUGGACUAUUUGGACCAGCAAGACCACCUGGAGGACGCAGUCAUGGGCUUCAGUGACAGUCCGAGCGGAGAAGUCCAACCUCGCAUCCUGCUGAUGGGUCUGCGAAGGAGUGGAAAGUCCUCAAUUCAGAAGGUGGUUUUCCACAAGAUGUCUCCAAAUGAGACACUGUUCCUGGAGAGCACCAACAAAAUUUGCAGGGAGGAUGUAUCCAGCAGCUCCUUCAUCAGCUUCCAGAUCUGGGACUUCCCCGGGCAGAUUGACUUCUUCGAGCCCACAUUUGACUACGAAAUGAUCUUCAGAGGCACCGGAGCACUGAUCUUUGUUAUUGACUCGCAGGACGAUUAUGUGGAGGCGUUAUGUCGACUACAUCUCACAGUGACACGGGCUUACAAAGUCAACCCUGACAUCAACUUUGAGGUCUUCAUUCACAAAGUUGACGGCUUGACGGACGAGCAUAAGAUUGAGAAGCAGACGGAUAUACACAAACGCUCCAAUGAUGACAUCGCGGAUUCAGGACUUGAGCAAAUACAUCUGAGUUUCUAUCUAACCAGUAUAUACGACCAUUCCAUAUUUGAAGCAUUCAGCAAAGUAGUCCAGAAGCUAAUUCCACAGCUGCCUGCUCUUGAAAACCUUCUAAACAUUUUCAUAUCUAACUCAGGUGUGGAAAAGGCCUUCCUUUUAGACGUGGUCAGUAAGAUUUACAUCGCCACAGACAGCAGUCCAGUGGACAUGCAGACUUACCAACUCUGCUGUGACAUGAUUGACGUCGUCAUUGACAUCUCUUGCAUUUAUGGGAUGAGCGACACAGAGACAAGUUUACCUUACGACGAGGAGUCCGUGGCCAUAAUCCACCUGGACAACGUGACAGUCAUGUACCUGAAAGAGGUCACCAGGUUCCUCGCCAUGGUCUGCUUCCUUCGCAAAGAAAGCUUUGAGAGAAAAGGACUGAUAGAUUACAACCUGCACUGCUUCAAGAAAGCCAUUCAGGAUGUUUUUGAUGUGAGGGUGAGGCUUCAACAAAAUAAAAAGAGAAGAAGCAGCAGUCAGCGCUGAGGACAGCUGUCAAUCAAAUGUACUUGCUGAGGACUGCUGUCAAUCAAAUGUACUUGCUGAAGACUGCUGUCAAUCAAAUGUACUUGCUGAGGACUGCUGUCAAUCAAAUGUACUUUCUGAAGACAGCUGUCAAUCAAAUGUACUUGCUGAGGACUGCUGUCAAUCAAAUGUAUUUUCUGAAGACAGCUGUCAAUCAAAUGUACUUGCUGAAGACAGCUGUCAAUCAAAUGUACUUGCUGAGGACAGCUGUCAAUCAAAUGUACUUGCUGAGGACUGCUGUCAAUCAAAUGUACUUGCUGAAGACAGCUGUCAAUCAAAUGUACUUGCUGAGGACAGCUGUCAAUCAAAUGUACUUGCUGAGGACUGCUGUCAAUCAAAUGUACUUGCUGAGGACUGCUGUCAAUCAAAUGUACUUGCUGAGGACAGCUGUCAAUCAAAUGUACUUGCUGAGGACUGCUGUCAAUCAAAUGUACUUGCUGAGGACUGCUGUCAAUCAAAUGUACUUGCUGAGGACAGCUGUCAAUCAAAUGUACUUGCUGAGGACUGCUGUCAAUCAAAUGUACUUGCUGAGGACUGCUGUCAAUCAAAUGUACUUGCUGAAGACAGCUGUCAAUCAAAUGUACUUGCUGAGGACUGCUGUCAAUCAAAUGUACUUGUGUGUCCUCAUGUCAUGAUCCUGCCUUUUCUGAGCUGACAGUACAUACAUUCUAUACUGUACUCUACUGUAUAUCCAGGGUAUAUUUCACAUGUACACUACUGUACAUACUAGGAGUGUAAAGAUUCUAUUGGAUGCAGAAUUUGUGGUUGCUGAUACCAUUCAGGGCCAAUAUUUGUUUUUUAGCAACCAUAUGAUCAGAAUGGAUUCAGUAACUUUUUAGCAAUAAAAGCAAGCAGUGAGACUUUGCAGUAAAUAUUAGAUACUGGACACUGCAGGGGAACUUUGCCAUAAUUCUGUUAUUUCUUCUGACGGAAUGAUGCAUACAUGAAUUAUGGCUACAAAGAAGCAAGUAAAGAACAAUUGUUGCAUUCACAUUUUCUUUCAACAAAGUGCAACCAACACUUGAGGUUCCUUCAACAAAAUCAACAUUCAAGCACUCUUCAAUCUAAGUACACUCAUCAACAUUCAAGCACUCUUCAAUCUAAGUACACUCAUCAACAUUCAAGCACUCUUCAAUCUAAGUACACUCAUCAACAUUCAAGCACUCUUCAAUCUAAGUACACUCAUCAACAUUCAAGCACUCUUCAAUCUAAGUACACUCAUCAACAUUUCAACAGUAUAUUUACCUGCCAAAUAAAAUUCUACCACCUGGC